UCGCUUGGGGGUGGCCCGGAGGGUUGAGGUGCUCGCAGUGGAGCCCUGGCCCCCGGGCCGACGGAGCUGCACGGUAGUAGAUGGGGGUGUGGCCGUGGCCCCCGACUCUGCUCGGCGGGGCCGUUCCUGCCUUGCUGUCCGUGUGGGGCUUGUACGACACUCCAGUGUGGAGGCAGGAGAGCGGGGCCCCCUAUGCUGCUUGCCCUGCUUGGGAAAGAGGCGGCUGCUGGAAAGGACCGAUCGGCGGGCACGCCAGCCCGGCCCACCCCUCGCCUCCAUGUGGGUCAGGCUUCUCAUCGCAGCAUGCUUUGGCCCAGUGUCGGUGGCCCUGACCCUGCUCCGGAAGUGUCUGCAGAGCAUCUGUGCCCCCCGCCCCUCCCCGGGCCCAGCUGCGUGCAGCUCCUGCCCUACCCAGCACAAGCACUCGACCCGGAUAGCUCCCAGUGUCGGGGUCCUGUUCAUCAAAUGCCUUCCAAUUGCACAGGUCAGGUGCACACCUUACACCUUCACAGAACUCUGAGGGGUGAAAAGGGAGAUUUUACUUGUGUUCCUCAUUCAAUGGACAAGUAUCAGUAUCUGGGUGCCCCUGUGGGCCAGGCAGUGGGACCAGAAGCCAGCAACAUAGAUGGGCUUGGAUCUGAUGCUAGGGGCGUAGAGUGAGUUGUGGGGAGCAGGCAGGGAAGGCCUGAGUGAGAGGCGGGAGGGCUGAGAGGGGAGGGUGUUGCGCUGCUGAGGGGGGUGAGGGCCUGAAGGGGGAGGUCAGAGGUCAGAGGGCCCUGGAGGACAGACUGCCUCUCGAAGCUGUACCCAGAGGCCUGGCCAACUUGACUGCAGAACCCUGUGACUGCCAUGUUAUCAGGCCAGGCAAGCAAAGGCAGGGGCCAGGAAGUCCAUAGGGACAAGAGGCAGGCUGCUGCUUAUUCAGCCCAAAUAACACUCCUGAGAGGUGGGCACAGGUGAGGUCAGGGAAGCUCAAUGAAGAUGGGCCAGCACCUGGUCCAGGCCACACACAACCACCUGACCCCGCUGAGCCCGCCUGUUGUCUCCGCUGUGGGAAAAUGCAGGUGUGGGCAGUUGGCAGUGGGUGAAGGUCAGUGCCCUCCCUGCCCCCUUGGGUCACUCUACAACCCCCCAAUCAUUCCCCCAUCUCCUCUGGCCCCUUGGGCCUGCUCUCCACUCCCCUGGCUUCUGCCCCUCGGCACAGAGCAUCCCUGAAGUCCAUGGAUGGAGCCAGGUGAGCUGGGCAGUUGAUGGUGGAGGUGGGAUUUGAACCCAGGACCCUCUGCCCCCUCACAGCCCUCAAUAUAUUGGGCUUUGGACCACAUGCCUUCCUUCCCAUAGAGCUUUCUACAGGCAGGCAUCCCUCCAGGCCAUGCAGAAACGUCCUGGGCCCCAUUCCCCAGCCUCCUUUGCACAUCGAGCCCCCGCUUUCCAUGGGGAUCAAAGGGCUUGAGUGCCAGCCUGACCCUGGUGCAGUCACUGAUGUCACUGUCUUGCUGGCCUUCUCUGGGUGCUGGGCCUGCUGGGCCUGUCUCUGCCCCUCUUCCCUCUUGCCUGUCUGAUGCAGAGUGACCCAUCCUCUUCAGAGCACUUGCUGCUGUGGGGCACCAAGACCCUUCUUCAAGAUGAAACGGAGUCUCAGAGAAAUGAUGAAAUAAUACGUGAUUGUCCCAGUAGAUGAACUCAUUCUAGGUGCCUUUGGGGUCCUGCCUGGGCUGCAGCACCAGCCUGGCUUGAGGAAGGUCCUUGGUCUCUGGAAGCAGCAGUGACUGCGUAGGGAUGCUCACCCAGCAGCUGCUUCCUCCGGGCAGCCUUUGUCCUCCCAUAGGGGAUUCACGUGUUUUUCAAGGGCUAACGGAAAUGCUGAGAUCUAAAAGCAUGUUUAUUCCUGCCAAGGCCUGACUAUGAACCUUCAAGUCAAAUUAGUAAGCUUUAUUAAUGACUACAAAGUUUAACAUUAUAUUGAGAAGCUACAACUCAAUUUUUUUGUCAUUGUAUAUAAAUUUUGUAAAGUUAAGGUCACAAAGACAAAGUAAUUUAUUCUGAUGAAACUCAGAAUUGUUAAAAUUCUUUCACUUUUUAAAUAGUACAAAUGUAUGGCCUAGUGACUGGCUUCCCCACGGGAUGGCUGCUCUGUGUGGGGCUGCCAGACCCUCUGCUUUGAUUCUUGUACUUGGCCAGCCCAGGGUGGUGAACCUGUGGAAGGAGGGGGUAGACUGUGCCUGCCCUGGGGAUGGGAGUGGUGAGGACGAAGGACAGUGCUCCAGCUGCCGUCUGAUUCUGAGUCACUGGAUGAAGGUGAGGCUGCCGGGCUCACUCUGCUGCUGCGUCUGGUCUGGCGUCUGCUGAGAAGAUCCUGUACUGAGGCGAGUGGCGGCUGGGCCUCUUCUACCCUGCUCUGCACCUGUGCCAGACUGCCGGCUGGCUGAGGGUGGGGGUCUCCACGGUGGUCCCAGCUCCCAAGGAGGUUGCAGAGGUGCUGCACUGAGUGGAUUUGCAGGGCAGUGGCAUGGAGCCUCUCUUCCCCGCCCCAUUCUGGGAGGUUAUCUACGGCAGCCACCUUCAGGGCAACCUGUCCCUCCUCAGUCCCAACCACAGUCUGCUGCCUCCGCAUCUGCUGCUCAAUGCCAGUCACAGCGCCUUCCUGCCCCUCGGGCUCAAGGUCACCAUCGUGGGGCUCUACCUGGCCGUGUGUGUCGGGGGGCUCCUGGGGAACUGCCUCGUCAUGUACGUCAUCCUCAGGCACACCAAAAUGAAGACAGCCACCAAUAUUUACAUCUUUAACCUGGCCCUGGCAGACACUCUGGUCCUGCUGACACUGCCCUUCCAGGGCACAGACAUCCUCCUGGGCUUCUGGCCGUUUGGGAAUGCCCUGUGCAAGACAGUCAUUGCCAUUGACUACUACAACAUGUUCACCAGCACCUUCACCCUGACUGCCAUGAGUGUGGAUCGCUACGUAGCCAUCUGCCACCCCAUCCGCGCCCUCGACGUCCGCACAUCCAGCAAAGCCCAGGCUGUCAAUGUGGCCAUCUGGGCCCUGGCCUCUGUUGUUGGUGUUCCUGUUGCCAUCAUGGGCUCGGCACAGGUUGAGGAUGAAGAGAUCGAGUGCCUGGUGGAGAUCCCUGCCCCACAGGACUACUGGGGCCCCGUGUUUGCCGUCUGCAUCUUCCUCUUCUCCUUCAUCGUCCCCGUGCUCAUCAUCUCCGUCUGCUACAGCCUCAUGAUCCGGAGGCUCCGCGGAGUCCGCCUGCUCUCGGGCUCCCGGGAGAAGGACCGGAACCUGCGACGCAUCACUCGGCUGGUGCUGGUGGUGGUGGCUGUGUUCGUGGGCUGCUGGACGCCUGUCCAGGUCUUUGUGCUGGUCCAAGGGCUGGGAGUGCAGCCAGGCAGCGAGACUGCCGUGGCCAUUCUGCGCUUCUGCACGGCCCUGGGCUACGUCAACAGCUGCCUCAACCCCAUCCUCUAUGCCUUCCUGGAUGAGAACUUCAAGGCCUGCUUCCGCAAGUUCUGCUGUGCCUCUGCCCUGCGCCGGGAGGUGCAGGUGUCUGACCGUGUGCGCAGCAUUGCCAAAGAUGUGGCCCUGGCCUGCAAGACCUCUGAGACGGUACCGCGGCCCGCGUGACUAGGCGUGGACCUGCCUAUGGUGCCCGUCAGCCCGCAGAGCCCAUCUACGCCCAACACGGAGCUCACACAAGUCACUGCUCUCUAGGCUGACACACCCUGAGCCCUGAGCAUCCAGAGCCUUGGAUGGGCUUUUCCCUGUGGGCCAGGGACACUUGGUCCCAGAGGAGGACCUAGUGAUAUCAUGGGACAGGUCAGAGCAUUAGGGCUACCUCCAUGGCCCCAGACAGACUAAAGCUGCCCACCUGGUGCAGGGCUGAGGUGACACAAAGACCUACCUGGAAGCAGCUGCCGUGCUGCUGGACGGCCGCGACUGGAGCCCGUGCCCCUCCCUGCCCAUGCUUCACGUGACUCUUGGCCUCUCUGCUGCUGUGUUGGCAGAACCCUGGGUGGGUGCACCCGGAGGAGGAGCAGCGGCUGUGUCGUCCUGUGCACCCUACGUGCUGUGUGCUGUUUGCAUGGCAGGGCUCCAGCUGCCUUCAGCCCUGGGACGUCUCCUCAGGGCAGCUGGACAGGCUUGGCGCUGCCCGGGAAGUCCAACAGGCAGCAUUUCUUUGGGGUGGGACUUGCCCUGAGCUUGGAGCUGCCACCAGGAGGACUUGCCCGUUCUGACUCCACCUGUGCAGCCAGGGCCACCCCAGGAGAGUGUCCAGGUGGGCUGGCUGUCCCUGGCUGCAGACCCCGAGCUGGUCCUGGGCCAGCCGCACCUCUGAAGGUUUCCUGUGUGCUGCACUGUGCAGGCGUCAUCCCUGACUGAGCUUGGCUCUGGGUCCAACCCCCCUUUCCCUUCAGGAAACCCACGGGAGGGCCUGGCCCAUUCCCUCCAGCAGUGCAAUGAACUGUCAUGCUUUGGACCGUCAACCGAGCUCUGCUUCUCGGUGUGUGGCAGGUGUCUCAAGAGGAAGACGCCGCGUGACCACAUGGGCAGCCUGUUCACAAAGUAGAGGCCUCAUUUUCCUGGUCUCGACUGCUGUUUGUAGCAGGGUGGGAGAGGAUUCUCUGGGGGUCUCCACAUCCUCCCGGGGGUCUCCGCAUCCUCGCAGGGCUCCCCUCACAGCCUCUCCUUUGCUUGAAGCCGGAGGUCAGUGGCCGUGCAGUGUUUUGGGGGAGCUGUGUUGCGGGGGAAGCUGUGCGGAAGGAGAAGCCGGUGGCCACAGCGGAGUCCUGCUCUGGUGACGCCUGCUUCAUUUACAAGCCUCAAGAUGGCUCUGCGUAGGGCCUGAACUUGCCACCCAGCGAGAGGAUGGCUUCACAGCAGAGCCAGCAUGGGGGUGGGGCUUGCCAGGGCUUGCUUGAGCCAAACAGCAAGCGCUGUAGCGGCUGUGAGAACACUGUGGGGGUGGGAGGGGGUCUCUGUACCUCAGGGGAUGCCCUGCUGUGGUCAACCAGAGAAUCACCCUUCCUGGUCUACAGAUGGCAGCUGCAGGUUGGUGACUUUGCAAAUGCACUUCCUACAGACGAACUAUUAAAAGACCUGCAACGUUGUAAAAACUCAUUUUUUCCAUCAAGACCUUGGCCAGGUAACCUUAGGCUCCUGCCAAGAACAGGAAGUGAUGGCCGUCUCACCACAGAGCCUGGGCUGCUCCUCCAGCUCUGGGGAGUCUAGGCCGUGGGGACUGUCCCUGGGGAGGCCAGUGCUGUCUCCGUGACAUCUGUGGCAGGAGUCUCUGAGAACGGGAGCUGCCUAGCUACAGUGUUUUCUUGCCAAGGCUAAGUGUUUUGUGACUCUGUGCUGACGUAAUGUGCAUCUUCACGUAUUUAUGCAUGUGGCAAUCGUUACUUCCUGUGCACGCAGCCAGCCCUGGGUCUGUCUCUGGGGUAAUGAAAAAGGACCCUAAUAAACACCUGCUCACUGGCUGGGUAUCUUCA